AUGGCAGGGAAAGUCUCCCCUCUUUUUUCGCCCAUAUGCAUCGGGGCAAAGAGGCGCUUGGAGCUUCCUAACCGGUUUCUCAUGUUGCCCAUGUACCUGAACCUGGAGCAGGAACUCAACGCAUGGAGUGAUGCGCACAUGGAUGCCAUGGGAGCUUUUUACGCGGAGCGCGCGAGACACGGCGCAAAGCUUAUCGUAUGCGGCGGCCUAGGUGUUUCCAGACUGGGCAAGUGGCGUAUAGACAGCAUGGCGCUCGGGAUGCACGACGCGGUAAAGGCCUUUUCGCGCGUCACGCGCGCCGUUCACCGCGAAGGCGGCACCAUAAUUGCGCAGGCAUUUCAUCCUGGGCGUGCCGCGCGGCGCCGCUGGUUUGUCUCCGCCACCUCCACACCAUCUGCGGUGCAGCCAUUUCCCGCUGCCCGCCCAUGGCGUGUGCCGGGGCUUCUGGUUGAGUACAUCGCCUCAGAGCACGCGCGAUUUGCACGACUGGCGGAGGCUGCCGGGUUUGAUGGUAUUGAAAUCCCCGUAAGUGACGGUGGUCUGCUGCACAAUUUCCUCUCCAAGGCCGUGAACGACCGUGGGGACUACUACGGCAGUUCCCUUGAGGGCCGGUUGGAGGUGACGCUGCGGGUGUUAGAUGCCGUACGGCACUCGUUAGUGGAACCGCAAAAUUUCCUUGUUUCCGUGCGGCUCUGCGUGCAUGAUUUGAAAGUGGGCGGGACACCCAUGACGGAAACGCUGGUGGCCGCUGAGGCGAUUGCGCGGUUUGGCGGGGUGGAUGUGUUGAGCACAAGUGUCGGUAUGCAUGACUCGCCUGUGCAGACAAUGGCGUCAUACGUGCCACAGGCCGCCUUUGCGAGAUGUGUGCAGAAGGUGCGGGAGCGCCUACGCUCCCAUGAUAUUCAUGUCCCUGUUGUGGCGACGCACCGCGUGCAUUCCAUCGCAGUGGCAGAGCGUCUUCUGCGAGAGGGCGUCUGCGACCUUGUCGGUGUGGCGCGGCCACUGUUGGCAGACCCGCAAAUGAUUAGAAAGGCAGAGCACGGCCACGAGGAUGCCAUCAUUCCAUGUAUUGCCUGCAACCACUGUGUGAAUCGCCUAUACAAGCAUCAGCGCAUCACCUGCGCGCUUAAUGCGACUAGCGGGUACGAACUUGAGCGGCGUUGGGCGCCGGCGCCGUACAAGAAGCACGUGGCGGUCAUUGGCGCGGGUGCGGCGGGUGUCACGUGUGCGCUGACACUCUGGCGCCGUGGACACGAUGUGACGCUAUUUGAGAAAUCCAACUUUAUCGGCGGCCAGUUGAACCUGGCCAAGGUGGUGCCGGGCAAGGAGUCCUACCAGGAGGUGCUGGAGUACUGGACCCGGCAGCUGCGCCAGUCAUCGAUCAACGUGCGUCUUGGAGCGGAGUUCACGCGGGAGGAUAUGGCGCGCAAUCACCAGUUUUUUCACGCGCUGGUGCUCUGCUGCGGAAGCGUGCCGCGCCCGGCCACCUCACACCAGCUCCCCGGUACCUCCGAGUGCCCCAUGGUGGUGCCGUUCGAGAAGAUACUCAACGGCAGCGUGAAGGCUGGGCGCCGGGUCGUGAUUGUUGGCAACGGCGCCAUCUCCCACGACGUGGCGUCGUACUUGCUGCACGACCCGCGGGUUUCGCGCAGCGUGGAGGCCUACUGCGAUGAGUGGGGCAUUAACCUCGACGAGGGCACGCUGGACCCCAAUGCGGCGGAGCGGGCCCCCCGCAACAACCGCGACGUGGUCCUCUUCAACAAGGCGGACAAGGACGCCGACCUCUCGCGGGGAAAAGGGUGGACGCAGAAGCUGUGGAUCCGCAACCACGGCGGCACCAUCGUUAAGCACGGGCUGGUGGAAAACAUCGAUAAGCGCGGGGUGCACAUUUCUUUGUUGGCCCCCGAUUCACGAAAGUACUUCGUGGAGUGCGACACCAUCGUGUGGGCCUACGGCAUGCUGCCCAACAUUUCCGUCGGCACAUGGAUCUACGAGUGGAUGAAAGACGGCGCAAAGCAACGCGGGGAAAUGAUCAAAGACUUCAGCAUCUACACGGCAGGGUCGUGCCGCGACAGCUACACAGGCGAGGGCCACGGCGAGCAGGACAUGCUACAGGCCGUGCAUGAGGGGUACGAGAUUGGGUACAAGAUCUGA